AGGGGCUGCUCACGGCGCUGGGGACACACAAAGCGGCGGCGGCGGCAGGCACUUUCCCGCCGCCCGUGAGGAGGCAGCCAGCCUUGCCUCCGCCCCGCAGCCAGGCUCGGCGCUGGCCGGGGGCAGCCCCGCGGCGCCGACCAUGGAGCCGCCGGUGUCGCAGCCUCAGGAGCAGCCGCCGCGCCCUCGGUCCCACACGGUCACCACCACCAGCAGCUCCUUCACCGCCAACCUGUCCGCCAGCUCCAGCACCCUUGCCUACGACAGGGAGUUCCUGCGGACGCUUCCCGGGCUCUUUAUGGUGACCGAGAUCGUACUGGGGCUUCUGGUGUGGACCUUGAUUGCUGGAACAGAAUACUUUCUAUAUCCAGCCUUCGGCUGGGUGAUGUUUGUAGCUGUGUUUUACUGGGUUCUCACAGUCUUCUUUCUGAUCAUCUACAUGACAAUGACCUACACCAGGAUUCCCCAGGUGCCAUGGACCACGGUGGGUCUGUGUUUUAACGGAAGUGCCUUCAUUUUGUAUCUCAUUGCUGCCAUUGUAGAUGCAUCUUCAGUUACCAAGGAACUGGAGAGUCACAAUUACAACAGCUGGGCAGCUUCUUCAUUCUUUGCCUUUGUGGUUACCUCCUGCUAUGCUGGAAAUACAUAUUUUAGCUUUAUAUCUUGGCAAUCACGAACUUUGCAGUAACUAUUUUGUUACAAUGAAAUCUGUAGUAUAAAAUAUCCUGAGGAUUAUACUCUUGGCAAAAGCUUGGAAGAGGGAUGAGGUCUUUUUGAACAUUUCUGUUAGAAUUGACACUAUAUUCUUUGAGAUUAAAUGAUUAUUUAUAGUACAAUACCAUCUUUACAUCUAACACUGUACUACAUAGUAAAAUUUCUUACUGCUUCUUCUAAAAUUAACACCAUAUUUUUCUAGACAUUGUAUAGAUGUUGUUACUAAACCUUUAAUAAAUCUUACUGGAAGAAUGUG